ACCGCGCGCCCGUGCUUGCGCGCCCCCGCCGCCGCGCGCCCCCAGCUCGCUCGCUCGCCCGCUCGCCGGCUUUAAAGUCUCUGCCAGGAUCCAUGCUCACAUGUUACUUCCUGUAUGGAGGCAUGGCCAGUUUCCAGCCCCGCGCUCUCGGUUCCUCCCCAGCCUGCGCCGGAGCCACAACUUUCAGGAGCAUGGACUGAAGGCGCCCUCGCCCCGGCGCCCCUCUGAGAUCCUUUGUGUUUCCCUGCGCUCCACUGGCCGUUUGUGUUUUGGGGGGCUCUGCGCUCCGCCCCGCCGCUUCCCUCCCUUUCCAGGCUCGCAGACAUGCCUCCUUCCUUGCCGGGGCCCUGGAAGGAGCUGCCCGCCUGAAGCCCGGAGCCGCCGCGCCGCGCACAGCCCCGCCGUCGCCCGCUGGUUCUCGGGCUGCGCUGCGCUGCCGACUCAACUUGGGGCUCUUCCGCUGCUAGCCACCGCCACCCGCGGUCCCUGCCUGCUCCGGGCCCCGGGCUCUGCCGCCGUGCGUCUUCUCCUCGCCCUGCCUGUCGGCUGGAUCGUGUCUGAGCGGAAAGCAGCCCUUCUCCUCCGAGAGGAUCGUCCCUAGCUUGGCUUUGCAUUCCCGGUCACUUUUUGAGGUUUUCUCGGGAGCGCUUGGCAGCUUCCCGGAUUCCAGCGGGACCGGUGGCCGAGUGUGGGGGGCCCCGUGUGGCGGGCGAGCCGUGAAAGCCUCCAGGCUUAGCGGAGCCUCGCUCGGAAGCAAGAACUUAUUCAACAAGUUUACCCCCCCUGCCUUUCUCUUUUCGAUGUGCGUUUUCGGACAUGCGGAGGUUACUGGAACCGUGUUGGUGGAUUUUGUUCCUGAAAAUCACCAGUUCUGUGCUUCAUUAUGUGGUGUGCUUCCCGGCAUUGACUGAAGGCUAUGUGGGGACCCUGCAGGAGAGCAGACAGGACAGCUCAGUGCAGAUCCGCAGACGAAAGGCAUCCGGAGACCCAUACUGGGCGUAUUCUGGUGCCUAUGGUCCUGAGCACUGGGUCACAUCUAGUGUCAGCUGCGGGGGCAGCCAUCAGUCUCCUAUAGACAUUUUAGACCACCAUGCUCGCGUUGGCGAUGAAUACCAGGAGCUUCAACUUGAUGGGUUUGACAACGAGUCCUCUAACAAAACCUGGAUGAAAAAUACAGGGAAAACAGUUGCCAUCCUGCUGAAAGACGAUUAUUUUGUGAGUGGUGCCGGACUGCCGGGCAGAUUCAAAGCUGAGAAGGUGGAGUUUCACUGGGGCCACAGCAAUGGCUCCGCUGGCUCAGAGCAUAGUGUCAAUGGCCGGAGGUUUCCUGUGGAGAUGCAGAUUUUCUUUUACAACCCAGACGACUUUGACAGCUUUCAAACGGCAAUUUCUGAGAACAGAAUAAUUGGAGCUAUGGCCAUAUUUUUCCAAGUCAGUCCGAGGGACAAUUCUGCACUGGAUCCUAUUAUCCACGGGCUGAAGGGCGUCGUACAUCACGAGAAGGAGACUUUCCUGGAUCCUUUCAUUCUCCGAGACCUCCUGCCCGCAUCCCUGGGGAGUUAUUACAGGUACACAGGCUCCUUGACUACGCCACCCUGUAGUGAAAUAGUGGAGUGGAUUGUCUUCCGGAGGCCCGUUCCCAUCUCCUAUCACCAGCUUGAGGCUUUUUAUUCUAUCUUCACCACGGAGCAGCAAGACCAUGUCAAGUCAGUGGAGUACCUGAGAAAUAACUUCCGACCACAACAAGCUCUGAAUGACAGAGUGGUGUCAAAGUCUGCUGUCCGGGAUGCCUGGAACCAUGACCUGGCAGACUUCUUGGACAACCCACUAGGCACAGAAGCCUCUAAAGUUUGCAGCUCUCCGCCCAUCCACAUGAAGGUGCAGCCUCUGAACCAGACAGCUCUGCAGGUGUCCUGGAGCCAACCUGAAACCAUCUACCACCCGCCCAUCAUGAAUUACAUGAUCUCCUAUAGCUGGACCAAGAAUGAGGACGAGAAGGAGAAGACAUUUACAAAAGACAGUGACAAGGACUUGAAAGCCACCAUCAGCCAUGUCUCACCCGAUAGCCUUUACCUAUUCCGAGUACAGGCUGUGUGUAGGAAUGACAUGCGGAGUGACUUCAGCCAGACAAUGCUCUUUCAAGCUAAUACUACCCGGAUCUUCCAAGGGACCAGGAUUGUGAAAACAGGAGUGCCGACAGCCUCUCCUGCCUCUUCAGCAGACAUGGCCCCCAUCAGCUCUGGCUCUUCCACUUGGACAUCCUCCGGCAUCCCCUUCUCAUUUGUUUCCAUGGCAACUGGGAUGGGCCCUUCCUCCAGUGGCAGCCAAGCUACAGUGGCCUCUGUGGUCACCAGCACACUGUUGGCAGGCCUGGGCUUCGGUGGUGGUGGCAUCUCCUCCUUCCCCAGUACCGUGUGGCCCACGCGCCUUCCCACCGCAUCUGCAGCCAGCAAGCAGGCAGGGAGGACAGUUCUUGCCACCACCGAGGCCUUAGCUUCCCCUGGGCCGGAUGUCGACUCGGCACCGACGAAGGACAGCGAGGGUACAGAGGAGGGAGAGAAGGAGGAGAAAAGCGAGAGCGAGGAUGGUGAGCGAGAGCAUGAGGAGGAAGAGAAGGACUCUGAGAAGAAGGAGAAGAGUGAGGCUACUCACACAGCCGCAGAGAGUGACCGGACUGCACCUGCCCCCACCCCCUCUUCCCCUCAUAGGACUGCAGCGGAGGGAGGACAUCAGACUAUACCUGGGCGCAGGCAGGACCACUCUGCCCCUGCCACAGACCAGCCGGGCCACGUUGCCCCAGACUUGGAUCCCCUUGUGGACACAGCCACCCAAGUGCCCCCAACAGCCACAGAGGAACAUUAUUCAGGGAGUGAUCCCAGGAGGCCCGAAAUGCCAUCUAAAAAGCCUAUGUCCCGAGGGGACCGAUUUUCUGAGGAUAGCAAAUUCAUCACAGUUAACCCAGCUGAGAAGAACACCUCUGGCAUGCUAAGCCGCCCCUCCCCCGGGAGGAUGGAGUGGAUCAUCCCCCUGAUUGUGGUCUCAGCCUUGACCUUCGUGUGCCUCGUCCUCCUCAUUGCCGUGCUGGUGUACUGGAGAAAAUGUUUUCAGACUGCUCAUUUCUAUGUGGAAGACAGCAGUUCACCUCGGGUGGUCCCCAACGAAAGUGUUCCUAUUAUUCCCAUCCCGGAUGACAUGGAAGCCAUUCCUGUCAAACAGUUUGGUAAACACAUCGGUGAGCUCUAUUCCAAUAGCCAGCAUGGCUUCUCGGAAGAUUUUGAGGAAGUCCAGCGCUGUACAGCUGAUAUGAACAUCACUGCAGAGCAUUCCAAUCAUCCGGAUAACAAGCACAAAAACAGAUACAUCAACAUUUUAGCAUAUGAUCACAGUAGGGUGAAGUUAAGACCUUUACCAGGAAAGGACUCUAAGCACAGCGACUACAUUAAUGCAAACUAUGUCGAUGGUUACAACAAAGCGAAAGCCUACAUUGCCACCCAGGGACCUUUAAAAUCCACCUUUGAAGACUUCUGGAGGAUGAUCUGGGAACAAAACACGGGAAUCAUCAUCAUGAUCACGAACCUCGUGGAGAAAGGAAGGAGAAAGUGUGAUCAGUAUUGGCCAACGGAGAACACUGAGGAGUACGGGAACAUUAUUGUCACACUGAAGAGCACAAAAGUACAUGCCUGCUACACCGUCCGUCGUCUUUCAGUUAGAAACACAAAAGUGAAAAAGGGCCAGAAGGGCAACCCCAAAGGUCGUCAGAAUGAGCGGACGGUGAUCCAGUACCACUACACACAGUGGCCUGACAUGGGUGUCCCUGAGUACGCCCUCCCAGUCCUGACCUUCGUGAGGAGGUCAUCUGCGGCCCGCAUGCCAGACAUGGGGCCCGUGUUGGUGCACUGCAGCGCUGGUGUGGGCAGGACAGGCACCUACAUUGUAAUAGACAGCAUGCUGCAGCAGAUCAAAGACAAAAGCACAGUUAAUGUCCUGGGCUUCCUGAAGCAUAUCAGGACACAGAGGAACUACCUCGUCCAGACUGAGGAGCAGUACAUUUUCAUCCAUGAUGCCUUGUUGGAAGCCAUUCUCGGGAAGGAAACUGAAGUAUCUUCAAGUCAGCUGCAUAGCUAUGUUAACAGCAUCCUCAUACCAGGAGUAGGAGGAAAGACACGGCUGGAAAAGCAGUUUAAGCUGAUCACGCAGUGUAAUGCAAAGUAUGUGGAGUGCUUCAGUGCCCAGAAGGAGUGCAACAAAGAGAAGAACAGGAACUCGUCUGUUGUGCCAGCUGAGCGUGCUCGAGUGGGACUUGCACCGUUGCCCGGGAUGAAAGGAACAGAUUACAUUAAUGCUUCUUACAUCAUGGGGUAUUAUAGAAGCAACGAGUUCAUCAUAACCCAGCAUCCUCUGCCACACACUACGAAAGAUUUCUGGAGAAUGAUUUGGGAUCAUAAUGCACAGAUCAUUGUCAUGCUGCCAGACAACCAGAGCCUGGCAGAAGAUGAGUUUGUGUACUGGCCGAGUCGUGAGGAAUCCAUGAACUGUGAGGCCUUUACUGUCACCCUCAUCAGCAAAGACAGGCUAUGCCUCUCGAAUGAAGAACAAAUUAUCAUCCAUGACUUCAUCCUUGAAGCUACACAGGAUGACUACGUACUAGAGGUUCGGCACUUUCAGUGUCCCAAAUGGCCUAACCCAGAUGCCCCUAUAAGUAGUACCUUCGAACUGAUCAAUGUCAUCAAGGAAGAGGCCUUAACCCGGGAUGGCCCCACCAUUGUUCAUGAUGAGUAUGGAGCAGUUUCUGCAGGAAUGUUGUGUGCCCUUACCACCUUGUCCCAGCAGCUAGAGAAUGAAAAUGCUGUGGAUGUGUUCCAGGUGGCAAAAAUGAUCAAUCUUAUGAGACCUGGAGUAUUCACAGACAUUGAACAAUACCAGUUUGUCUACAAAGCAAUGCUCAGCUUGAUCAGUACUAAAGAAAAUGGAAAUGGUCCCAUGACCGGGGACAAAAACGGUGCUGUGCUAACUGCAGAGGAAUCAGACCCUGCAGAGAGCAUGGAGUCUCUGGUGUGACUAGUCCCCUGGAAGGGCACUUCAUUUGUAAACUUCUGAGACUUGUAAAGACAGAAAUUUUUUGAGGCCUUUUUUGCCAGACUCUAGGUUAUACAAUAACCCAGUUACUUUUUUACACUGAUAAAAGUUUUGAUAUUUAUUUUUUGCCAUUUUCUGUCUUAAUGGUAUCCUACUGAGCAUUUGCGCCUGUUCUUCAUUUCACACAGUGAAACGCAACUUUACCUAGUUUGCACUAUAUGAUCAGUGUUAACUGCCUAUAAUCUAAUACUACAGAAACCCUGAUGUGACAUUCCAUGACCACAUACAUGCUAUUUUUUAGUUCCGUGCAGUGAAGGUCUUUGUUAUGACAGUGAAUCUCAGUUUUACUAUUAUUCUAAAGCAACUACAAUUUCUUAGCAGGCAACAGUGUACUUUUCUCAGUCCCCUCUAUUUUUUAGGCACUGUUCAAUACUACAUGCCUUCUGUUUUAAUGGAGUGGAUGGGCGUUGUCUCCUUUUGCAGGACAGCAGGUGACUGGGAGCCCUAUAGAUCUGUUGGCAUCAGUUCCAUUUGUAAUGGUUGAGGGACCACUAAGAAGUUAAGAGGGCUUCAGAGUUACUUCAUGUGAACAUCUCUUAUUAGUUACCAAGUUAUAUUCACAGUUGAAAUGUGUCAAAAUAAAGAAUCAUUCUGUAUUACAGAUUUCACAGUAGCUAUGUGGACAGUGUGUGUUAUUUCUAUGUUGACUCUCUGAAGUAGCAAACCCUAAAAUCAGGGCUGUCUUUUACAAUGGGAAGAUGGCCUUAUUUUACACAAUUUACUUAUGACACUCUUUAGUUAACUCAACUAUAGCUUUUUGGUAAAUAGUACCAUAGUAGCUACAACCACAAAAUAGGUAUUGACAUUUAAACGUAGUCUUUGAAAAGUCCCUACUAACUACUCCUAUAGCAAUCUAAUAAACACUACCUAUAGACAGCAUUUUUUUUGCCAAAUGUUUCAUAAUAAAUCUCUUAAUUACAUCCAACUCUACUUAAGAUUGAAUUGGAAAUAUAUUUGGGAGUCAAUUUUUAUAGGUCUUACUUUGAGAAAGAAAUAGGAAUCUUAAAGAGAAAAUCCAGUUCUUGAAUGAAAGAUGGCAUCUCCAUUUUAGACUGGGUUUUAAGGAAGAGAUGCGGAUGCUCACAAACAAAUGUACAUUUAUAAAAGAUGGCAGUAGUCAUUAGGAAGCCCAGAGGCCAGUGUCUGGAGCUACUUUCAGCACGUAGUACAUAUGGGCAAACUGGAAGCAUUAUUUCGAAAUUUCACUUGAGUUUGUUUAAAACAAAACAAAAUCCACUAAGCUAUUAAUCAGGAUCUGUAUCUUCCUUCUCCUCUUUGCUUUUGAAAGUCAACUUCUGCCAGAAUUGAAAUCCCCCAAGAUUGGUUUCUUCUUUAUGACAAAAGCUUUCUGAAGAGGAGGGCAGCAUCUCAGUGUGAAUGCGGCUUUAUUGUUCGUGGGUUGUUUUUUGGAACUAGUCACAGAAGUGCUGGAGAGCCAGAGCUGGUAAGGAGAGAGUCACAGGCCAAGCCCAGAGCUUUCAACGCAUGGACCAGGCCAAUAGAGCCCCAUGAAGAUAGUGUGUGCACAAAGACCUAAGAGAACACACAGAGAAUUGGGAGGCUGGCUUUCAAAACUGGUGAGCAGCUGAGCCGAAUCCACUAACAUAUCUGUGCUAGAUGGAUUUACCAACCCCUGCAGCCCCACCAGAGGGGUCACCUCUGCACAAUACAAAGGAUUGACCAUAAGAAACAUAACUCUUAGAGGCUGUGGGAAAUAAGGAAGGAAAAGGUUUCAGAUUGUGGUAUGAGCUUCCCAGUCAAUCGAGCAGAUUCUUUUUGCUGUGCACAGAUCUGAUCUUAGCUAAUGCUUUUCAGUUAGAUGCUCAGUGGAAUUAACAUUUGAAUUGGAGUUCAGUCUCUCAAUUGUCUCGUAGUAAAAAUAACAUUGUCUAGAAGACAAAUGGCAAGUAUUACUUCUGUGCUGUUUACACAAGAUUCAAUUCAUGAAAAUGCAUACUCUACAGUUCUGGGGCUCUCUCUUACACGAGUGAAAGAAGAAUGGGAGAAAGGGAGAAAGAAGUACAACAGAAGUACAAUCAAGGCGGGGGAGAGGCUUCCUGUGGGCAGCCUACAUGUCUACAGCAGGCUUGAGCCAAAGCCUACAGAUGCCAGCCUACUGGACUACAUGCAGUUGCUAUGUGCCCAUUUUGCCAAAGUGGUCCACACGCCCUUUACUGGGGGUGAUAGUUACCUUCAGCUCUCUUCAGUCCUCACAUUCACCACAAUUUGUAUGUUCACUAUUCUUUGCUAUUGGCAAAAAUGUUUUUGCAUCUUUCCAGAGGCAAAGAGUUCCAAAGAUGUUUUCUUUGAGACAUAAGCACGUGGCUUAAGUAUAUAAGGUUAGUACUAUUUACAGUCGAGGGAAAAGAUAUAACUAUUGGUAAAGCUAGUGUGAAAGUUUAUGAGAUAUGCUGGUUUUAUGAAUUUACCUCUAGGGAAAUGAAAUAUACAAACCAAAUGAAGCGGAAUUGUUAUAAUUUGAUCAGGUGGAUGUGCAGGAUAUCACAGAUGUAUUAGAGACACCCGAAAAGUUUCUUGUACCUCAAACCAUAAUAUCAUCUUUGAUAGUUCAUAUAUAUAUAAAUAUAUAUAUAUAUAUAUAUAUAUAUAUCCUUCUGAGUUUCAAGAAUAAGUACAGCUUAGUUUGGUGGUUUUCCUAAACUUUAUAUGAGCUUUGAGAGCCUGUGUUAAAUAGAAGAGUCCAGCAAGGUCAAAAACCCCAAAAGUUAUAUAUAGUGUUCAAGGUAAAAAGAAGGGUUCUGGUGUUGAAAGUCUGGUUUGUAGCUUUUACCCCAGAGUGACAGUGAAGCCAGUGAGUAACCAUCAUUGUUUUAUAAUAACAUAGCACAACUGCCUUCUCAUGACCUUUUCAUAAAUGCAUAUAUACUAUGUUUAAAAUAUAGAUACCACUUUACCAAAGAUACACAUUACUAAUUCUAAGCAAAAAAAGAAAAAAAAAGAUAUUAAAAAAAACCUCGAACUCAUAAUACUUUUAAAAAGUAAUCAAAAUGUAGUUCUGUUAUCGCUUUGCAGUUAUGCUGGUGAAUGCCUUCUCAACCCCGGUGUUCUAAAGUUUCUGUUCAAACGGUGCCAGUACAUUUUUAUAUGAAGGGAAUGCCUGCUUUUUUCCUCCAUAGCAGCUGUAAUUCAUGUAGCCCUUUGUACUUUCCCUUAGUCCCCACUUAACACACAGCAUUGGCUUUAUUUAUCUCUAUAAAGAAGGCAUGGUAAAAAAAAAUAACUAAUAAAAAAUUAUAAUGACAUUUGGCCUCUACUUUUGUCUUAGCUGUUAAAAUGUUUUUAGUAUUUUUGUUAAAUAUUUGCAAAGGGAAGAAUUUUCUACAGAGGAUAAUUAAUUUCAAGAAAAAUAUCUUGAGUUUUAAGGAAUAAACAUCUCCAGAAAAGGAGACAGUCAAUUUUAUAAAAUGUCGUAACUCUCCAACAUUUGGGGUAGUGACUCCUUUUUUGUUAGGACAUUUGAAACUAGCAAGUAGCCGUUGUUUCUAAAGAGCCCCACUUCAUGUCAACUCCUGUUUCUUUAACUUCAUUUUCAAACAGUUUAAAACAUUAAACCUGUAAAUAUUUUGUUGCUUGAGUAAGCAUCUUCUGGAAGCUUUGUAUCUAUGGUAUAUAAUCAUAGAAUUUUAUAUUUUCAUAUAAAGCUAAUUUUUUUCUAGUUUCAACUAUGUCAUAGUUCUUUUAGUUGUUGGUGCCCCUCUCCCCCGUGGUGGAUAUGUGAACUUCUGUGUAUUGAAGUAGCAAGAACCAUCUUUGCAUUCCAAAAGAAUCCGUGUGUUCUUCCUUUGGGGUAGUGAUUGUGAAAAUCGGGUGUUCUUUUUAAUUCCAUUGAUCAUUAGUGCAAUAGCAAUUAGACAUCACUAGUCACUGAAUACAUUUGUCACAUGGACCCAUUUUGGAAAAAGUGAUUUUUUUUUUUAAAGAAUUGUUCUGUGGGGGGAGGGGUUUUAUAACCUGAAAUUUUUUCCCUUUUUCCUUCUGUUUAAAACUAUAUCAAAUCAUUCUAUUAUAGUGUUAUUUAAUAUGUAAAUUGUAUUGCUAUACAUAAAAUAAAGUAUGGUUUUUGAUGUA